AGAUUUCCUUUACUUCAAUCUUUAAAGCUUUGCAUUUGUCGGAUAUUUUAUUUUCCCAGAGCUCUUGCUCCACUCCGCUCCGCUAGCAGUCGGGGAGGUGCCGUGACAACUUGAGUUUUUCCUUGACUCCGCGGGUCGAACAUACAAGAGAGGAGGCAUCACACGAUUACUUCCAGAAUGAAUCCUGAAGAGAACGAGGUCAAAGAUGAGCGCCUGCAGCAUCAGGAGGAGGGGGCUGAUGAUGAGGAAGAGAUUGCGGCGAUGAAGAGACGGGUAGCCGAAAUGGAAUCCGAGGCGGCGAAGUUGCGCGAGAUGCAAGCCACCCUUGAUCAACAGUCCGAGAACCUGCGGGAAGACAAGGAAGAGAUCGAUGCGCGGAGUAUUUUCGUCGGCAACGUUGAUUACGGUGCUUCCCCGGAGGAGAUUCAGGCGCAUUUCCAGAGCUGUGGCUCAAUAAAUCGUGUUACUAUUCUCCUGGAUAAGUUCACGGGUCAGCCGAAAGGGUACGCCUAUGUAGAGUUCGCAGAACCUAGCUUGGUUGCCCAGGCACUUGUUCUAAAUGAGAGUGUUUUCCGUGGCCGGAACCUAAAGGUUGUCCCCAAGCGUACCAACUUGCCCGGUAUGAGUCGAGGCCGCGGACGAGGUGGCUUCCGAGGCCGGGGUUUCUUCCGUGGCGGUUACCCCCCUCGGGGAGGCUACCGGGGAGGCUAUCGUGGUGGUCGGGUCGGGGCUAUGCACCGUACUAAAUGCAUGCAACUUAUCGCGGCGGAUGGACUAUAUAAGCGAGAUGUCUUCCGAUUCCCCGAUCCGUUCGCGGUGGCCACUGUGGGGGGCGAACAAACCCAUACAACCUCUGUUAUCAAGAAGACAUUGAACCCUUACUGGAACGAGAUGUUUGAUCUGCGAGUAAAUGAAGAUAGCAUCCUUGCCAUCCAGAUCUUUGAUCAGAAGAAGUUCAAGAAGAAGGAUCAAGGGUUCCUCGGUGUGAUCAAUGUACGGAUCGGUGAUGUGAUCGAUUUGCAAAUGGGCGGUGAUGAGAUGCUCACUCGAGACUUGAAGAAAUCCAACGAUAAUCUUGUUGUGCACGGCAAACUCAUUAUCAAUCUGUCCACCAACUUAAGCACACCCAAUACCAACCAAGCCAACGGCUUACACCGGUCACAUAUGCAACCAUCAACUUCCAGCGGCCUUGUGCCUCAAGUAUCGGCGUCGACUCCGCAGCCACCUCCCGGCCCAAGUCCAGCGGACGCAACUGCGUCAAAUCCAUCUCUCCACCCUCAGCGUGUCCCAUCGACUACUCGGCCUAACAGCACGGUUGUACCUGCCAAUGGAACGCUCCCUCCGCCCAGUGCCCAGCAAGGCUCUCGCACCAAUCUCAGUUCGUUUGAAGAUAGCCAAGGACGGUUGCCAGCCGGCUGGGAGCGACGAGAGGAUAAUCUGGGGCGGACAUACUAUGUGGAUCACAACACUCGGACGACCACUUGGACUCGGCCAUCGAACAACUACAACGAGCAAACGUCACGUACGCAGCGGGAGGCCAGCAUGCAGCUUGAACGGAGAGCCCACCAAAGUCGCAUGCUCCCGGAGGAUCGCACCGGCGCGAGUUCACCCAACCUGCAGGAGAACCAGCAACAGGCUCAGACCCCGCCGGCCGGUGGCAGCGCCAAUGCUGUGUCUAUGAUGGCUACCGGAGCGACCACCGCCGGCACUGGCGAGCUUCCGCCAGGAUGGGAGCAACGGACUACCCCCGAAGGACGGCCUUAUUUUGUCGACCACAACACUCGCACCACAACAUGGGUGGAUCCACGCCGACAGCAGUACAUCCGGAUGUAUGGCCAGAAUGCCAACGGCACCAAUACCACCAUUCAACAGCAACCAGUAUCCCAACUGGGGCCGUUGCCCAGUGGUUGGGAAAUGCGCUUGACGAAUACUGCGCGUGUGUACUUCGUCGACCACAACACGAAGACCACUACCUGGGACGAUCCCCGUCUGCCAUCGUCCUUGGAUCAAGGCGUCCCGCAGUACAAGCGUGACUUUAGACGUAAACUGAUCUACUUCCGGUCACAACCCGCUUUGCGAAUCAUGUCCGGACAAUGUCAUGUCAAGGUACGACGUAACAACAUCUUCGAGGAUUCCUAUGCCGAGAUCAUGCGGCAGAGCGCCUCGGAUCUGAAGAAGCGCUUGAUGAUUAAAUUUGACGGUGAAGACGGUUUGGAUUAUGGUGGUCUCUCCCGGAAGAAGGUGUCGCUGCAAGAUAUGGAGGGUGUUGACGAAGAUCUGCACCGCAACCUGACCUGGACCUUGGAUAACGAUAUCGAAGGCAUUAUAGAGUUGACCUUCGCGGUUGAUGACGAGAAGUUCGGAGAACGCCGGACAAUCGAUCUCAAGCCGGGUGGUCGGGAUAUUCCUGUUACCAACGAAAACAAGGGAGAAUAUGUUGAGUUGGUCACUGAGUGGAAGAUCGUGAAACGGGUGGAGGAACAGUUCAACGCUUUUAUGUCCGGCUUCAAUGAACUGAUCCCGGCCGAUCUGGUCAACGUCUUCGAUGAGCGCGAACUGGAGCUGCUGAUCGGAGGUAUUGCAGACAUUGAUGUUGAUGACUGGAAGAAGCACACCGACUACCGUGGCUACCAGGAGUCGGAUGAGGUGAUCCAGAACUUCUGGAAGAUUGUCCGCACCUGGGAUGCGGAACAAAAGUCUCGUCUGCUCCAGUUCACCACCGGUACCUCCCGUAUCCCGGUCAACGGGUUCAAAGACCUGCAAGGUUCCGACGGACCCAGACGGUUUACCAUCGAGAAGUCUGGCGAUCCGGGGGCGCUGCCCAAGUCCCACACAUGCUUCAACCGUCUUGAUCUGCCUCCGUAUAAGACCAAUGAUGUACUUGAGCAUAAACUCUCGAUUGCAGUGGAGGAGACGUUAGGUUUCGGACAGGAGUAGAUGCAUCUUUUGUUCCAUUCCGAGACCAGAUAUUUUGCAUACGAGUAUAUUAAUUCCGCCGCCGCGUGCUGCGCGGACGGCAUGCAAACCAACGCGAUUGAGAGGGCGCAUGCGCAUGUUCGUGAUCUCCACCGGCUUGUGUCCCUUUGGCAUCCCAUAUUCCCCCUUCG